AUGCGACGCCUGCUCCCGUCCUCCGUCGCCGUGAUCCGCCGACCGAUGGCCAGAUUCGGUAUGCAAAACUCGGCGAUGUGGAGACAAACCCCGAAAUUCCGGCUUCUAUCAUCCUUCACAAGCCGGAGCUCAGCCAGACAUCGCAAGCCCGUUGUUGCGGUUCCGCUGGCAAUUGUAUUGCUAGGUGCCGGUGCUUUUACGUAUUUAAGUUAUCGACGAAACUACGGCUUAAAUUUCCUGGGACGGAGCAAAACAUCUGAACAGCUACAUAGUCUCAUAGCUACAGAUCUGUCCCCAAGCGUCGAAUUCUACCAAUCUUACGACAAUACUCAAAUUGAUGUCGACAAGCUUCCCGUGGAAGUAGCCCAACUAACGACGGCUCCGCAUGUCCCUCCAGUCAUUACGCGAAAGCACCCCGUGCUCCUCCGAGUGCCCCUACAAACGAUAACCUCUCUUACCCAAGUAACAAACCAAUACAAAUACGAAGAAUGGACAUUCAACGGCACCGCGCCCGGUCCCUUCAUCCGGGCACGAGUCGGAGACGUUGUAGAGUUGUCCCUCACAAAUUGUGACAUCACCGGCAACCCACACAACAUCGACAGCCACGCCUUCACCGGCCCAGGCGGCGGUGCUGCACUAACAACCGCAGAAGAGAACGAAACAAAAACCGGCCGAUUCAAACUCCUAUGUCCAGGACUGUACAUUUAUCACUGUGCCGCUGCCCCAGUCCCAGUACACAUCGCCAACGGCAUGUUCGGCCUCAUGUACGUCCAGCCAGCGGAUGAGGACCUCCCUCCCGUCGACAGAGAAUACUACGUCAUGCAAAGCGAGAUAUACCAUGAACCUCCGGAGCUAGACGACGACGGUCGGCCCUUGAACGUCGUGGAAUUUUCCUACCCCCGUGGUCUGCGCGAGGAGCCCAACGCAAUUGUGUUCAAUGGUCGUGAGUCAGCACUUACUAGAGAUGCGCCCCUCAAGGCAACCGUCGGCGAGACUAUCCGCAUCUUUUUCGGGAACGCGGGGCCAAAUCUCACAAGUUCUUUUCACGUAAUCGGGAGUCAUUUUCUAAAUUGCUAUCGAGACGGGGAUGUGGUGAGUCCUCCUGCGCGGUUUGUUGGCACGACUUCUGUUCCGCCUGGUGGGACGAGCAUCGUGGAUUUGAAGAUGGUGGUUCCUGGGAGUUACACUAUUGUUGAUCAUGCUAUUUUUCGGUUGGAUAAGGGGGCUGUGGGAUUUAUUAAUGUUUCUGGGCCGCAGAGACCGGAUAUUUAUGUGGGAAAUUUGCCGCCUCAGCCUUGUGUUGGGUGCAAGUUGCAUGCUUGA